AUGGGGUCGGUGGGCACCACGUUGGUCCUUCUGGGGCAUCUCUGGGCCCUGUACAGCGUCACAGGCCUGAGUGUGCACCAAGAGCCAAAGGCACAGAAGGUGUCACCAGGGAACACGGUGAACUUAAUCUGCCGGGUGGCCAAUGCCCAGGAUGCAGAGAUUCUCAGGGUCAAGUGGACUCAGGACAAGGUGCUCCUGUGCCAGUCACGGAUUAUCAAUGGCAGCAGCGGCCCCACGGACUGCGGCCCCCAUCGCAAUUUUUCCAGGCAGUCACCCAGCACCUUCUGCCUUCAGCUGAAGAACGUCAGCACCAAUGACAGCGGCAACUACACUUGUGGGGUGACUAUGGAGAUCCCCCGGCUGGAGGAAGUCAAGGGCAGCGGGACACAUAUCCUGGUGGAGGAGAUAGUCUUCUUCUCUGUAGAGGACAGUCUCACAGACAGCCCCGAGGACAGCUUUGCAGUGCUGCUGGUGGUGGGGAUCGUGGCCGCAAUCCUGAUUGUCCUGGGCGCCGUCCGCUGCCUCUGGAGCUGCCUUUGCAGACGAGGACACCCAGGGAACCAACGGGAAAAUCCCCUCUAUAGCAAUGUUCUAUACCGAGCUCGGCACACCCCAAAGAAGAAUGAAGACUGGCCUGCAAAAGGGAAUGUUCUGGAAGGAGCCCAGGAAGACCCGGGCUUCUAUGCUACCUCUCUACCCAGAUCUCCCAAGCCCCAGCAGCCUCUGGGCCCAGAAACUUGCCUUAGUCCUAGAUCCAAAGCCAAGCACCCCAUUUGUGGACCUGGACCGCCCCCUGGCAAGUCAGCCCCAAGAGGAUACCUGGACGUGGAAAGAGGCAUCAGGACACCCCAAAAUCCGGCGAGAAUCCCGCCACCUAGUGGCCGCAGGAAGAUCGAGUAUCUCCCCAUCUUUGGAAAUGUGGCAGUGGCGGUGGCGGAGGAGGGGAGCUCCAGGCUCCCUGGCAUUUAUCAAGCCCAGGGUCUCUUUACCAGCCUGUCACCUUGA